UCUUUCAGGGAGGGGGACGCAGGCACAGAGCCGCCGGACAGACCCGGACCACAGCCAGCCGGACGCACGGGGGGGGUCCGCACCAUGUCCUUCAGCCCGAAGCACUCCACCCCCUUCUCAGUCAUCGACAUCCUGAGCCCGAUGGAGGACAGCUACCGCAGGUUCGGAGGCAUGGAUCCCGCCGCGGGGGGCAUCGGGUCCCACAUGGGCGCCUACCGGCAGCCGCAGGUCUCCCAGCCCGGUACGCAGCAGCACCACCCGGCGCAGCAGCAGCUUCAUCUCCAUCACCACCACCUGUCCUCCGCCUCUUCAUCCCCAUCCUCCUCUUCCUCAGCAGCAGCAGCCGCCCUGGGACCCGGAGGGCCCUACCAGCACCACCACGGGCCCCACGGGGUGCCGCAGUUCUCCGGGGCCGUCGGAGGUUUCUGCAACAGCGGGCUCGGGAACGUCGGAGAGCUGCCGUCCUACCAGGAGACGGUGAGGGGCGGAGGGGCCCCAGCGGCGUGGUACAGAGACCCGGAGCCCAGAUACCCGACAUUUUCCAGAUUCAUGGGCCCCUCCUCCGGGAUGAACAUGACCGGGAUGGACUCCACCGUCAAGUCCAUGGUGACGCUGCACGCGGCCCCGCGGAGGAAGCGGCGCGUGCUCUUCUCGCAGGCGCAGGUGUACGAGCUCGAGCGGCGCUUCAAGCAGCAGAAGUACCUGUCCGCCCCGGAGCGGGAGCACCUGGCCGGGAUGAUCCACCUCAGCCCGAACCAGGUCAAGAUCUGGUUCCAGAACCACCGCUACAAGCUGAAGCGGCAGGCCAAGGACAAGCAGCCGCUGCAGCAGGACGCAGGUGGAGGCCUGUGCGCCACGACCCGCCGCUGCGCCUCCGUGUCCCCGGUCCUCCCCAAGAACGCCAAGGCCUGCCGGAUUGACUUCGGCGGCGGCUCCGACCUGACGGGAAACCGUCAGAGCGGCUCGGGGGAGGUCAUGGCGGUGACCCCCGCUCAGCAGCAGGUGAACCAGCUGUCCUCCACCGAAGACCUGGACGACUUGUCCCCGAGUCCCCCGCUGGGACUACACGGUCACAUCAACAUGACGCAGACGGACGCGGCGCUAAUAGAGUACACGAACAGCGUGAUCGGCUCCGAUCUGCUGUACGGGAGGACUUGGUAGGAAGUGGGGAGGGUGGAGGGGGGUACGGGGAACUCAUUACAGGUUGGAUUUUGUAUUUUUAGAAGAACCGGCUGGAGGACAAAACCAAGCACCAACUUUUUAUUCCUUCCCGUGCGUAAAGUUCUGGUUCCUUUACGCACGCAGGACUCAAAAGGACACUGCGGGAUUUUGAGCAACACGGUGCGGACAUGAAACUCCACAUUAAAUCCUGCUCGAAAUGUAUUCUCUUCUAAACGAAACACUGGUCUUUUUUUAUACAGAUGUGACUGCAGGUGCGUUCGAAACCGUGAAAUCUCACGCGAGGUAUAUUAAGGAUGAGGCACGCGCACCGUGCUUCCAGUCAUGCGCACCGCUAAUUAAAUAAAUCCAGGUUUCAUAAAUGAAGUCAACAGAACGUGAAGCAAUAGUGUGCAGCAGUUUCUCCGUUUGGAUUUAAACGAAUUGAAUUUUUUUCAUUGGAAGUAAAUCAGUGAAAAUUCUUCACAACGUCUUUCCAGAAUUAAAUAUUUUCAUUUUGCACUUAAA